AUGGCCAUUGGUAAGUGAGUUAGAGACAACUGAUAUAAGGGGAUGAUGUAUGUCCUCUUUUACUCUUUUAUAUAUCGACCGGGGUUUCGCAAUGGUUGUAACUUCAGUAAUAUGAUUUUAAGAUUUUUGUAUUUUAUUAUCAGAAAAAGAUUCAAUUUAUAUCUUCAUGAAUUAAGCUUAUAAAUGACAUCGGCCAAUUCAACUUAUCUUUUACUUUAAUAUUAAAAAAAGACUUUAAUAUAAAUAAGAUGUUAUAAAUUAGGUUUACAUAUCUGAUUAAUUUUUAUAUUUUUGUUACAGAACGCGGAUGCACAUGUAUACCAACAAAUUUUUAAAUUGCAUGUUUGUGGAUGCAUUUAAUUGCAGGUUAGAAGUUAGUUUGGACAAAUUUACUAUUGCAGACUUAGCAAAACUUAAACAGUAAGUUUCUCAAGAUUUAUUUACAAAUAUUUAGUAACAGCUAUUUAGAAAAUUUCUAAAACAUUUUCUUGGAAUUUCGAAAUAUAGUUAAAAAUCAUAUACAGUAAGGUUAGGUUGAGAGCACUUAAUAGCAUUUAGAUUUGCCACACAAUUAAUGCUCACUACUCUUUUUUACUAGUGAAAUUACCAAACUUAAUAUGGUAUACCUAGGAAACCAGUUGAUGGAUGAUAUUAAUAAUGUAAACAUUUAUUUCAACUAAAUCUAUUUGUGGAAAUUUUUAUUUAGUUUGUUAUUUGAAAAUCAAAUACAUAUUAGUAUAAUAUUAUAUGAUAUUGAUAGAUGUAUACAUAAUAUAAAUUAUAACUUAAUUGUAAAAUUAUAUACUUUCAUAAACAAAAAACAUGAUAAAGUGCAGAUUAACAGUUUAAAGGUUAGUUGUUAAAUUAUGUACAUGUUUAUUUCUAAGAAAAUAAUUCUGGGUUAAUUUAAAAAAAAAUAAACAAAAACAAAAACAAACACACUAUAGUUAUUCCAAUUAGUAAUUAAAACAUUGUCAAUUUCAUAAUUUUUUUUUUUGUAUUUCAUAUGUUAUAGAGAAGUACGUAAUAAAAAACUAAAAGAUGCCUCUUCAAAAAUUAUAAGAAAAAAAACUGUUGCUUUAAAAGAAACCAACCAUUCAAAAGAUGAUGCUAUUUUAGAAAAUGAUAUAAUUAUUAGCAAUGAUGAAGUAGAUGGUGAUUUAGAAGUAAUCAGCAAUGAAGAAGUAGUCAGUAGUUCAAAAGAAUUAAGCGCUGUAAAAGAAAUAAGUGCUUUAAAAGAAGUUAGCGCUAUAAAAGAAAGUAGCACUUUAAAGGAAGGUUGUGUUUUGAAAGAAGGUAGCACUUUAAAAGAAAAAAUUGUUACAAAUAAAGUUAAUGGUUUCAAAAUACCUGACCUUACAAAAAAAGUUAAUCUUUUAAAUAAAUCCAGCCCUGUAAACAAAAUGAAAACUCCCAAGAAACCCUCUAGUUAUUCUUGGAAAGUAAAAUUGUUUCCAAAAUACAAAUCUUCUGCUAAACCAAAAUCAGCUACAAACCCAAACUCUCCUUUGAAGCCAAGAUCACUUCCAAAAACAAGAUGUUUAGAUGAACCCAGCUCGUCAGAAACUAGCCAUAAAAAAAUCAAGUUGAAUGAUAAAAAAAAAAACAGCCCUUUGAAAAUGAUUAUUUCUAGAGAGGUAGAGACUGGCGAAUUUAAGCCACUAUUAUUUAAUAAUAAGUUAAAUACUAAAAAUAAUCCUAAGAAAACAUCAAGUCCUAAACCAUCUACUAGUAAGUGUAAUGAUUCUAAUACUAACACUGAUACUAAUAGUGAAAAACCAGCAAAUCCUUCAUCAAGUUUAGUUAACAAAGUUAGAAUUUGUGACAUUCGUAAAUUGAUUGAUGCAUCAAAAUAUGAAGAUUAUGAUGAAUUAUGGUUGGACAAAAAACGUACAACAAAUGGAACGAAGAAGACAGGCAGUUCUAAUAAUUUACCUGCUUUACUUCCAAUGAUAAAAGGGCAUUUACCAUUAGUUGUAAUAGAAAAUCUGUAUACAAAAUAUUUUAACAAGGCUGUACAAAAUACUAUUGUUAUUAUUGCCAAUAUAUUGAACAUAAUGAAGAUUUCAAAUAAACAUCACAAAGCUCGAAUGGAUGGGUCAUUUAAAAAGAAAACAGAAUGUGAAAAGCUAAAUGAAAGAUGGGAUGCUAAUAGACAACAUACGAGACAUAAAAAUGUUCUGGAAAGUAAACUGAAGAUGAAUUUUACAAGAGUAGUACAAUCUUUUGAAGAAUCUGAUUUUGAAACAAUAUUUCAAAUGUUUUUCUUAGCUAUCCUUCACUUUUUAGAUCAGUCUAAAUUAAAAAAAAGUUGCAUUAUCAAGAAUUUAAUACUUCUAUUAUGGAAUAGCCUAAAAUAUAGUGGCUAUGAACAUCCCAAAGUUUUCACAGUGUUGAAAUCAAAAUUUUUCCGCUCUAACUGCAUAGAUUUAAAUCGUCUAAUUAAAAACAGUAAAGAUACUGGAAUAACUGACCGAUUGGCCUUGUUUUUUGUGUCAAAUGUGGAUAGCUGUAAUUACUUUAAAGCAGUUAUUGAUGCAGUAACUAGUAAUACUAAUGAAGAACUGGAAAUAUUAAUAGAUGAAGCUUCAGUCCAAUGUCGUCUAAAUUCAACAUUUAAGGAUCACAUCGUUAAUUCCCCAUCAGUUACAAUGAAUUAUGUUGCUCAUAAAUCAAAUCUUGUACCUAAUCAAACUAUUGCCAGAUCUAUUAAUACUAUUGUUCCAUCUAUAAUCACUUCUGUUACAUCUAUAAUCACUACUGUUACAUCUACAAGCACUACUGUUACAUCUACAAUCACUUCUGUUCCAUCUAUAAUCACUAGUGUUACAUCUACAAUCACUUCUGUUCCAUCUAUAAUCAUUAAUGUUCCAUCUACAAUCACUUCUGUUCCAUCUAUAAUCACUAGUGUUCCAUCUACAAUCACUUCUGUUCCAUCUAUAAUCACUAGUGUUCCAUCUACAAUCACUUCUGUUCCUUCAUCUGUAACUUCCUUAUCUCAUCCUAGCUCAGUUCAUAAAACAGCAAAACAAAUGGUGAUACCCAAAGCGCCUACUACUUCAAGUUUCCAGUAAGUUAAAAUUGUAUCAAAUUAAAUUAAUAGUACUAAGUAUAAUCAAAUAGAUUGGCCGAUACCACUAAUCACUAAUAUCUGACCGUGAAACUUGUAUAUAAAGUACAGUUACACGACUAUAAAAAGUGUGCAUUAUAGAUAAGUGUUCGUAAUAGACUGGUAUGGGAAGUAGCAUUGCAAAAAAAAAAACAAACGGACAUACUUCACACGAUUGGUGGGCCACUGUAGUAGGUGAGAAAUUGGAAGGUAGAGGGGAAAUUUAAUGUACAUCUUUACGGAACAAUUAAUAAUUGCUUAUGAAAAACGAAAUUGAGCAGAGUUUGGAUGAAUAUAUCUUGAAAAUCCGUAAUAUUUACGAUUUGAAAAUAAUAUUUCGACAUGGUCAUUUUGACGUGAGAGAAUAGCACAUGGCACAUUUCGACGCAUUUUCUUUUUUUAAAAUUAUUAUUAAAUAUAAAACUUAAUAAAUGAACAAAUAUAAUAAAUUAAUAACAAAUAAAUGUACUAUACAUGUAUUUAUAAUAGCCUUUUAUAAUAAUCGUAUUUUUUAUACAGGCUGUCCCACGAAGAUAUACCCCUUGAAUAUCUACGGGGAUAAUAAAGAUAAUACAAUUUUGAUUUUUUUGUUAUCUCGUAACGCGGUUAUGUUAUUUCCUAGACAAAAAUCGGUUUCACACGAAUUUGUAAAAUUCAAAAACAGCUAUUACUUAGAAACUUUUCAUCAAAUAUAAAUGCGUGAUUAUAAUUUUCAGAAAAAUAAACUCUACAGAAUGGUUAUCUUCAAAUUGUCCGUAAAUAGUAGAAUAAAAAGUUAAUUUUUAAAAUUUGUUUGCUAAAAAAAAAAAUUAAUUCAAAAAUAAAUAUUCAUCCCUGUGUAUAUAUAUAAAUACAAUCAUUAGAAAUAUCUAAAAUAUUAUUACAUAUAUAUAUAUAUAUUUAUGUUAAAAAAUAAAUUUUCAUUUUGCGUUUUGUACGUAAUUUUUUUUCGGUAGGUACUCUGUGGUAAAAUUGUUAGACUUAACAAAAAUGUUGACAAUUUAACAGUUUCAAUAAAUCUUACUUUAUGGUUAAAAAUUAAAAAAAUUGAGUUUAACGUAGUAUUUGUUUUUAUAAAGGAAUUUUUAUAUUACAAUUUGACGAAAAUUUUUUGAGUAAAAAAUUAUGUUGAACAAAUCUAAUUUUUUUUUUUCAAAUAUAUGUGUAUUGCCGAUUUAAGAAAUAUGGUAACGUCAGAUUGAGCGGAAAAAACUGGGAUAAAAUGUCGGAAAAACGGAAAAUGUACGAAAUGUAGGUAUUAGUAAAAAAAUAUUAUGGCCUAUUUUUGUUUGUGUACAACUCUUCUGUCAGCAAUUUUGCUCCGAUUUACAAUGAUGGAACUUUUUCUAAAAAGAAAUCUGAUUGGGAAGGUACUUUAAGGAGGUCAUUUUUCGAUUUUUACAAAAUUUUCCUAAGCAAAUGUCAUAAUCCGGGAAAAAACAUGGGAAAACCAGGAAAAACAGAAAAAUCGAUACAACAUUAAGCAAAUAUUAUGAAAGAAAAUAUAUAAUGUCUAUUUAAUUAUUUCACUUUUAACUGAAUUGCCCUCAGAAUCGUUUUUUUGUUAGCAAUGGUUAAACGUUGCUUACAGGUAUACAUUAAAUUCCCGUCUAUAUCCUACCUUCCUACCUACAACUAGUGGCUCUACUCACGUGCAAAGUAUGUUCGUCCUUUUUUUAAGUGUACUUUAUUUGUUUUUGUGUUUUCAGAGUACCGAAAAUGAAUAGUACCAGUAUAGAACAAAAAACUCUAACCUCAGAACCUAAACUAAACAUUAUAGGAUCCUCAAAUGUUAUUUUAACCCCAUUUGUUGCUAUCCAACAAUUCAAUUCUGGUAAUAAUAAUACAACUGUUCAAAGACCUGAUGACAACACACAAUACUAUUUAGUUAAAAUUCCAGCUGACCAAAUGAAAACAAAUCCUCAAAAUGCUAAUACAAUUAGAAUUGCACAACCUCUAGAAGUUAUUUCGUAUAAGGUAUGUAUAAUUUUUUAGUUCCUAUAAUAAUAUUCAAUAUGUUAUCAAACAAUAUAAUUAUAUCAUAAUUGAUUUAUUGUUCAUGCUUAAUUAAAAACUGGCGCUUAAAUAAUGAGACAUAAGUAAUGUCACUAUGCCUCUCAUUAAUAUUGUUCAUUAUUUUAGUAAAUUAGCAUAAUCCAUAUAUAACAUAAAUAUAUAUAUAUUUAUGAUUUGCUUAAUUGAAUAAAAGUACAGUUCUUUUUGUAUUUAUUUAACUUCUGCAAGUAUUAAAUUAAAUAUUUAGGUUUUUCUAGUGAUUUGUGUUGUUUUGUGUUACUAAACCAAAUUUUAUAAUUAUCUUCCAUUUUUUUUUUUUUUUAAAUAUCCUAAUCUAACUGAUUUUUUGGGCAACUCUAAAAUUAUUACUUACUUAGCUAAAAGUAAUUAUAAUUUUUUUUUUACAUGACGUAUUAUUUAAAAUGAUAAAGCAUUAUUUUUAGCAAUAUCAUAAUAUAAAUUAAGUAUAAAAUGCAUACAAAUAAAUUAAAUAUUCUAUUACUCUUAAAUUACUUUUAAAAAUUAAAUUUAACGCAAUUUCCUUAUUCCACUUCUGCUUCUAUCUCAACUUCCAAUUAACCUUUUUACCUUUUUGACAGUUUCAAGUUAAAUUCAUAUACUGUAUGAUAAAAAAAAGGUCUUUGUAUAACAGACCAUAAAAUAGGUGUUUAUUUUUUUUUUGUUAUUUUUGACAUUUUAAAAUAUUUAAUAAUAAAAUCAAAAAAUGAGAAAUUGGUUUGGCUAUUGUUUGUGUAAUGAAGCUAUCUACAAGUGUGGGUAUAGUGUCCACUUAAUUUUUUUAAUUCAAGCUAUCAAAAAAUGCUGUUAUAGCAUCCUCAUAAUUUGUUUUAUUUAUAUUUAAUUUGUAUACACUAUAGAAAUAUUUAAUGAUUUUUAGAUUUUUAGUGUAACAAAGAAUUUAUUGCUUUUACUAUGAUAAAUUAUGUUUGAAAUUUUGAUAAUCAAUGAUCACUUUAAACAAAUUGUUUAGCAUUCUUGUAAAAGUAAAUAUUAUUUUAUUAUCUCUUCAAUGGAUAAAUAUUUUCUAUCUUUUUCACACGGUGUUAGACCCAACAAACUUAUGAUAGAAUAUGUGGAAGAUUUAUUCCAUAUAUUAUAAUUAUGUCUAUAAUAUAAUCUCCUGAUUAAAUGAUCUAUCCAUUUCUUUAUUAUUAAUGCUAAGAUCUUGCUAUAGACUAUAUAGAUAAUACAAUUUAUAUAUAUGAGUAUUCUAAUGUUGUAAUUUUGAUCAAAAUUUGUUUCAGUGUAGCGUACCAAAUUGUACCAACAAUGCAACAAUAAUAUGUAGUACUUGUUUCUCGGUGAAAUAUUGUUCCCGUAUUUGUCAAGUAAGAAUAAUUUUUUUUAUAAAUAUUACUGGGACAGCUAAUCUAUGUAUAUCAAUAUUGAAUAUGUAUACUGUGUCUUUUGGCAACCUACAAAGUGGACAGUCCGUUUAAUAAAGUUGUUUAUAUAUAGUUGUUAUAUGUUCCAUUUAAUUGGGUACACUCAUUAUCUCGGAAACUAUUAACUUUUUUUGGGAUUUGUUUUCUAGAAUAUUUAAAAAACAAGCAGCUCUACAAUUUUAUAUUUAUAUUAUAUUUUGUCACCCUUAAUUUUGAGGGUAAAACCACUAUCUACUUUCGAUUUUAAAAUGGCAACCUAUAUUAAAAUAGACGAAGAAUUUGUUAAAAUAAAUUUGAGUGUUGAAAUUUUUGAUUUCUGUCAAGCCAUUUACGAGAUAUUCCACUUUUAAGUUUAAGUUGGAGGAGAAUAAUGGAGUAUCAUUUGUGUGGCGGUACGACGCAUGGCGUGUGAACAAUGCACCACUACUCUCCUCCAAGUUAAUACUUUCCAGGAUAAUAAGUGUACCCACUUACAUGGAUCAUCUGGUAUGUAUUAAAAGACGUCCUAGGAUAAUGGAGACGGGUGCAGCUACUUUUAUAGGUAAUUUAAUAUUUAUCGAUUUUCCCUUUUUUCCCGGUAUAACUGUUGAUUUCGACUCCCCAAUGAUUUUAACUGAAGGAGUCGAAAAAUUCUUCAAAAUUCGCCUUCCGAAAAUUCUUCCGGUUUUUUUCGAAAAUUCGAAGUUUGGAAAGUCGAUAUCUCUUGAUUUAAUUCGACCUUUUUCUUUUUAGAAUUUUCUCUAACGCUCACAGAUUUUGUUCUAUACAAUUUUUAUUAUUUUUACUAUUUUAAUUAAAUAGUUGAUUAUGUACUUUGUAUAUUUUUUUAUUAAUGAAAAUAAAAUACCACAUAGGUAGGUACUAUUGUAAUUAGUUUUAAUUAAAUAUGUUUUGUUUAUACGACUUUAUAAAUGUUUCUUAUUACUACAUAAUUAUAUUAUUAUGAUGCCUUUCUUUGAAACAAUUUUUCGAAGACGUAUUUUUGUAAUAUUAUAGAUUAUAAUUAUUAUUAUGAGUAUUAAAAGGUACCCAUAUUCCAGGCUCUUAGAACUAUAACAUUUUGUAGACACAUACUCAAACACGGUAAAUACAAGACGAAUACCUUUUUGAAUUGUGAUAACAGAUAAUAUGUUUUGUAGAAGACGACCACGUAAUUGUUUUAGAUUUUCUGUACAAUAUUGAUGCUACUAUACCAGAUAAAUAUUAUAUUAUAAUAGAAAUAGUAUAACACGAAUGUAAAUCAGAAGGUUAUUAUGGAAAACAUUAAUAAUAGAAUACGAUUGUAAUUUAUAUUUGUUGGUAAUUUUGAAGUAUCGUGGACACUAAAUAAUAAGUUACCUAUACUCUGUCUAACCAGAGAACGCGCCGGUUCUGCUCAUUGCCGAGGUCACGCUAUCGGUUGUUUUCGGUGUAAAUGGGAACACUAUAAAAUGGCUACAUGAGGAGAUGCAUGAACUCGGAUUAAUUUUGGUCGGCGCGUUCUCUCGUUGAAUAAAGUAUACUUAUAUUGAUAUAAGUAUUGGAAUUAUAUUACGUGAAUACAUUAUAUGAUGAGUAACCAAUCAUCACUCUUUUUUGGCUAUAAUAAAAAAAAUGCCCACGGUCAAUUCUGUUAGAAAAAAAAUAUUCUCGAUGUAAAGUAUUCUCGUUAUUUUUUAUUAUUAAAACUGUAACAGAAGAAAAAAAGUAAUUCAAAUAGUACCUAUAUAAUAUUUUAUUUUCGUUAAUAAAAAAAAUACACAAGGUAUCUAAUCAACUAGAUGAUUAAAAUAGUAAAAAAAUAUGUAUAGAACAAAAUGUAUAAGCAUUAGGGAAAAUUCUAAAAAGGAAAAAGUCGAAGUAACCAAAAGAUCGACUUUCCACCAGGGUGUUGAAAAAACCCGGAAGAAUUUUUCAACUCCUCGACAAUCUCGACGAUCACUGAGAUGGAGUUGAAAUCAACAGUGACAUCGGUUUUUCACAUCUGCUGGCAAAACUCUUUGAAAAAUCGAAAAAUGGCCUCCUUUAGUACCUUCAUAAUCAGAUUUACUUUCAGAAAAAGUGCUAUCAUUGUAAAUCGGAACAAAAUUGUUGGUAUAGAAAAGUUGUAUAUAUAUAAAAAAAUAUUAUUAUUACUAAUAUCUACAUUUCGUAUAUUUUCCGUUUCACCGACAUUUUAUCCAGGUUUUUCUCAAAUAUGAUAACCACUUGUAAAAUCAAAAAAUUACCCUCCUAAAGUACCAAGGAGAUAUAUUACCUAACAGAAAAUAAUCUAAAUUUGAUAUAUCGCAGAAAGAUUUCUGGUAUAAAAGUUUGAAAAACAAAUUGAGGGGUAUUUUACGAUUAAAAUGUCCAAGCGAGCUUAAGUCUCCAGGCACAUUCAAAAUGUAUUUGUUUUUGUCCUUGUUUAGGUAAAAGGGGGAAAAAAUGCAAACGAUUUUGUUCAAAAUCCGGGUUUAAGAACUCACGUCUCCUAGGAUGACACUAGGUAUGUAUAUCCAUUCGGCUACGACAGACAUAUUCGAGAGUAGACAGUAUAAAAUUAUUUAAUAUAACAUAUAAUAUCCGCAUAUCAGAACUUCAAAAAGCUAUAAUUUCGAACCUUAGUCAGUCCACUCCAUUCUGACUUCACUAUCGUUUUUAAAUCGACAAUAUACAUAUGCUCAAAACAAAAAAUUGAAAAAUUAAAUUUGUUCCAUAUAAUUUUUUACUCGAACGAUUUUCAUCAAAAUUUGAUAUUAAAAUUCCUUCAUAAAAAAAAAAAUACUACAUUGAACUCAAUUUAUUUUUUUAUCACAGUUUAAGACUUUUAAUGAACCUCCUGUAAAAUUUGCAAGCAUUUCUAUUAAAUCUAACAAUUUUACCACACAGUACCUGACGAAUAAAAAUUACGUAUAAAAUUCGCAAAAUUAAAAUUUCUAUAAAUAGCCCAAAAAUGGCUUAAAUUAUUUGAAAUUUUUACCGCGUCUAGAAAAGGCAAAUAUAAGUUUUUGGUUUAGAUUUCAAGGCUACAAAAUCGAUAGGAAUAUUAUUAACUGAAUUACAACAAAUUACAUAUUUAAAAAAUAAUAUAAGCAUUAUUUUUGUACAUUUCCCGUUUUUCUAAUAUUUUAUCCUGGUUUUUCCUAGAUAUAUGAAAACCACAUGGAAAAUCUAAAAUUUAUCUCCCAAAAGUACCAUUUGGACAACAUUCCCUUUCAGAAAUGGUGCCGCGCGUACAAAUAGUAUAUAAAAAAAAGAAAAACAUCUUAGUUAACCCAAUAUAUUCUUCGCUACACUCAGAAUCUAAAAUUAAUGUCUGUCUGUAUGUAUGUUCUUUAUAGACUCAAAAACUACUGGAUCGGAAAAAAUAUAAUAUUUACUUUGUUACCAAGGUAAUUUAAUAAACAAAAAUUAUACCAUAAAAUACCAAAAUAUUUGUCAGCUAUCAUUUAGGGGUUGAAUUUUAUAAAUUUCAAUAGCUAUAAAUCUUUUCCGAGCCACGGGAAACAUUUUGCAAAAAACCCCGUUAAAAUCGGUCCAGCAGUUUUUGAAUCUUUAAAGAACAUUCGGACAGACAGACAUUCAUUUAUAUAUAUGUAUAUAGAUUGAUUCAAUUUUGUUGCUAACUAAUUUUUUUUUUUUAACAGAGAUCGGAUUGGUACGAUAAUCAUAUGACUACGUGCAAACAGGAAAUGCGAAAAAUAAAACGGCCAAAUAAUCAAUAA